AUGCAGAAAACAAGUGUCAAUCAGCAUUCAUCAAAAUCUUCACUUGAGGAUGAGCUAAAGCGCUUAGUGCCGCUGUUGCCCAACCUUGUUGACAAGAAGCUCACUUCGGUCAAUCUAGUAGAAUCUAGUGCAAUGACGCUAUCAGUUUUCAAAUGUGCGUUCACUAUAAAAUUGCACUACGUGUUAGCUGUUGCUGGUCGUAAUGCUGGUGAAGAGCCGAUCCCUACUCGAUCGUUGUCGAGGGCCAGUAGCCGUCGAUCAUUGCCCGAAUUCAUUUAUCCGGACACCAUUCAACAGCGAGUGACCGAGGAGGACUGUCCUGUGUCCCGGUUAGUGAUCCUUCAUGAAGAAGCCGAAGAUGGAAAUGCGAUGCCCGAUCUUACACGUCCCGUCGGGGCUGUGUCAAGAGCGGUCGACAAUCUCAUUAAGGUACGUCUUCGUCGCUAUAAAGCUAAUCAUCCUUUAUAA